UUAGGAUCAGUACCCUUGGAAACAGUUAAAAAUUUAUCUGUUCCUAUAAUGAAAGAUUGGGAAGAGGAAGAUGUAGCAACAUAUGAACCUUGGAAAAGCACUGAGAAAAGAAAUAUUAUACGAUGUUUAAUGGGAGGUACAAAAUCUCAAAGAAAGGAAUUUAAAAUAGCUGAACGGAAAAGAAUACAAAACCUUCAGAAAAAAGAUACAUGGCAUUCAAGCACAAGGAAUAAUUUUAAACACAAAAUAAGGAAAAGGAAACCUACAACCGUUUCACAACUUACUAAGAAUUUGGAACGAUUAAACAUAGAAAAUAUUGAUAUUUUAUUGAAAAGUAUUGAUAUUAGCAAACUUGUUAUAAGUGAAAAUAAUAAGAAAGAUACUUUUAUGGGGAAAAAAGUAUUGACACAAAAAAUUAAAAAAUUGCUACUCCAUCACAUAAAAAAAGAAAUUAAAAAAAAAAAAAGAGGAUAA